GCCUGCCUUCAUGACGACACGGAUAGAGCUCCGCAAGGUCCACGUCGUGGGCGACAACCCCACCAAGUUCGACGCGCCCAUUCGACUCCACCUCGUGCUGGAAGUGUUUGAGCAGGUGCCGCGCGAUGCAAUCGAUGUGUCCUUCACCUGGUCGCCCGUGUGGGACUUUCCCGUAGACCAGAAGCUAGAUGAGAUGGAGGUGGGUCCGUUCACCACGCUGGGCAAGCACGAGUUCACGAUCGAGAGCGAUCCGCCGGAUGUGUCGCAGAUACCCGACCCUACAGGGCCCACGGCACUUAUCAUUUCAUUCAAGUACAGCGAACAGGAGUUCCUUCACAUUGGGUACAACGUCGUCGUCACCUGUGAAGGAGAAAUGCCGGACGUGUUCACCUCCGCGUCGCAGCUAACCCGCGAAAUCGGAAAGUGCUACCCCAAGUUGCGCGAAAUAACGUGGGACACAAACGAAUCGUCCCCAUCAACGUCCUCAGCGGAGUCUAGCGAAGAGGAGUCGGAAGACGCGGACGAAGCGCCGGAGAAGCGCGCUCGUUUGGAAGAUUGA